UUUUUCAGAUCGUUUAUGUAUGACGAAGGUAAGCCCAAAUUGAACUGAGCGGGUUUCUUCGCCGUUUCUCUGAAGUGUCUCGAUUUGCGGAGGGGGCGUAAUUUUAUGAAUGGGGCGGAGAAGGGUGGAAAAUGGUGAAGUAUUGAAUCGAGUGGGUCGGGAGGAGCGCGCGCGCCACUCUUCUCGCCCCACCAUUUUCCGUACACCACCGCCCCCUCGGGCCACGGGGUCUUCACCAAGUUUAUGUACAGUGGGAUUUAAUUGUGGUAAAGAUGGACGUGACCGGAGGAGCGUACGGGGCUGGAAAGGCUGGCGCCCCCUUCGACCCGAUCCUGUUCGCUAAGAGGCACCAAGUUAUUGUUAAAGCUGUCUGCCUCCUCUUUGGAAUAAUUGUUUUUGGAUGCAUCUCAUCUGGUGGUUGGUACUAUUCAAACGUCGAUAAAAAAGAAAUUUGUUUAUACAACAAAAAAGCCUCACCUUGUCAUUAUGGAGAAUCGAUCGCCCUUCUAGCGACCUUCUCUGCUAUUGGUUUCCUUGUUGGUGAAUAUCUUUUUGGACAAUUUUCUUCUGUGAAGACAAGGAAGCACUAUGUAUUGUUAGAUCUUGGGUUGUCAGCUUUCUGGGCCUUUAUGUUUUUUGUUGGUUUUUGCUACUUGGCAAACCAAUGGAGUAACAUGGAACUUGAUGAGGAGAUGGACAAUAAUGCUAGUACAUCACAAGUCUCUGCAGCCAUUGUGUUCUCAUUUUUCUCUGUAUUUUCUUGGGCUGGAUCGACAUGGUUUGCAUAUCAACGAUAUCUUCAAGGGAACAAUGCAAUGUUUGCUUCAAACUUUGAAGAAGGACAGAUGGGAGGAGCAGCAGCAUAUUCUUCAUACUCACAAGAUGACCAACCUUACCAAGAUCCACCUUUCUCGAAUCAAGAUGAAGGAGGAGGUGAGUAUCCAGCACCAACAUACUAAAUGCAAAGAACAGUUAACAAUCGCCAAAACUAUAAUAUUUAGCUAAGGAGCAGCUAACUGGAAAGGAGAAAGAAAGUUCAGGCAAAGUCCAAGUUGUUACAACGGUUCCCUUUCCCUCCUUGUAAAUUAAACAUUAAAUAAUUGUUAAAGUUCACAAGGCAAAUUGACUAAUAAAAAAUGACGUAAUAAGUUGAUUUAACAUUUAGUAAUAUAUAAGUUUAUUUAGGCAGUUACAGAUUCAUGAAAAAUAAACCCUCUAUUGUAAUUUAUACUUUUCUUUGUAUUAAGCAAAUAAACAUAAAAACCUUAAAUAUGUUGUUAACUUGUUUCUAGGCACUAUUUGAUAUGCGUAUAAAGAUAUUUGUAUUAUGAAUGUAAGGGCUAUGCCUGAAAUAAAUAGAUUGAUUAGUGUAUUGUGAUAUUUGUGUAAAAAAAAUUGUUCUGUUAAAAUUUAAACAUUUUAUUUUUUAAAUAAACACUAUUUGUAAAUUUGUAAUGUUCGAUUGUAUAUUUUUCUAAAUAUACACAGUCAUUAUUUAUUAGGCCAUAUUUACAAUUGAAUACAAUGUGAAAAAUAUACUGUAUUGAUAUUAUAGACAUGGACUUUAUUUAUAGCAAAAGGGCUCACUAUUAAGAUAUUAUUAGUAUAAAUAAUAUAUGUUUAAGUGAUAAACCAGUUAGUUUUAACACAAUCAGAUUUACCAACAUAUGUUAGCACAAUCAGAUAUACAAAGUUAAGAUUUCGAUCUCUAAAUUAAUUAUGUAGUAACAUUUCACAGAUGUAGUUCACGUUGACUGUGUUUAUUGCUAUAUUAAACAAUUUAUUAAUUUCAGGAAGCCCAAUCGUAAAACAAAAGAGUAGUGUAAAAAUAGAAAGUGACAAUAUUGCAAAUUGGUGAAAAUGUAAAAUGUAUAAAUAUAAAUAUAUUUUGUUUGCUAAGUAGAAUAUAGCUGAAUUGUUUACAAAUUAAGAGAGGAUACAAAAUACGAAAAAAGUUUUGAGUCAAAAUUGGUGUAAAAAAAACUUUUUUAGUAUGUUUUGUUAAUAAACAAUUGUUGUGAUGAAUGAUCAUUACAAAAGUUAGAAUCUGUUACACUUGUUAACACAUUACUAAAGGUAUAUAUUAUAUCUUAGCAUUUAACGUACAAUUGUGUAUUUAAUGCAAAAUAUGAGGCAUAACGCCAAUUUGUGGAGUUUGUGCAGAUAUUCUGUACAAUAGGUCAGGUAUUUUUGUUAAAAGUUUAUGCAUGAUGAAAGAAAUUGAUUCAAAUAAAAAAUAAAAACGAUAUUAACUAAAUGUCAUGUUUUGAGUACUGUGGUAUGCUAUGUUCAAAAUGGAAUUUCAUCUACAAGAAUUGAUUAAACAAUCAUUGUAUGAAGCUUGUUAUAAUAAAAAAAAACUUUUUUUAAAA